AUGUCUAUUGGUCAAGCUGUUAACCAAGCGGAUUACCGUAUCCUCUCUGGAAGGGGUAGCUCAUCAACAACUCUUCCGCAUAGACUGCUAUGUAUGCAUGUACAGGUGUAUCUGGCCAUGAUCGUGCCACAUGUUAUCUUCUCGUCAUCUUGGACGACCUUGACCAUCAAAUACAGUUUAUCUCCACACCAAAUUGGUGAAUGUGGAGAUUUGAAUGUAAGUAUAAAUGCAUUCACCUCGUGCAUUGGACUUCCUCCAACCACUAUGUUGGCCUUGGCAUUUGAAGUGGAAGAGACGGGCAGACCUUGUCAAGUGGGCUACACGAACCUGGAAUGA